CCUUUCGCUGCGCUUCCUAAGGGCACGAUUCCAACCAAAUUCGAAGAUUUAAUAAAAUCAGCGGAGCUCCUCUAAGAAAGUUCCAAUCGAUUUGAUCAUCCUCAUAAGAGGCGACAAUGUUCUACAGAGGAUAUGGAGAUGGUCCUGAUGGGCGUGAAACAGGACCUAAGCGUCAAAGAAUGAGUGGACAAGCUCCUCCAGGAUCAUUCUAUGGACCUCACCCUGGUUCUGCCUAUAUGUUUAACCCUUACGGAUUCGUCCCUCCUCCUGUUUUCCCUGUGGUUAAACUCCGUGGUCUCCCAUUUGAUUGCUCGGAGCGCGAUGUUUUAGAGUUCUUCCAUGGUUUAGAUGUGGUUGAUGUCUUGUUUGUUCACAAGAACAAUAAGGUCACUGGGGAAGCCUUUUGUGUUCUUGGUUACCCUCUUCAGGUUGAUUUUGCGCUUGGUAAGAAUAGACAGAACAUGGGGAGGAGAUAUGUUGAGGUUUUUCGGAGUACGAAGCAGGAGUAUUAUAAGGCUAUUGCUUAUGAGGUUGCGGAGUCUCGUGUCCAUGGUACUGUUACUGGUGGUGGUGGUGGUGGUGGUGAUGGUGGAGGAGGAGGUGGCGGGAGCGGUGGAAGAGUUGCACGUUCACCUCGUAGACACGUGCCCAGGGCGAGAUCGAGUGAUGAUGGGAAAGAGAAUGCUGAGCAUACGGGUAUCUUGAGAUUGAGAGGGUUACCAUUCUCAGCAGGAAAAGAAGACAUAUUAGACUUCUUCAGAGAUUUUGAUCUGUCUGAAGACUCUGUUCAUGUUACUGUCAACGGUGAAGGGAGACCCACUGGAGAUGCGUUUGUGGAGUUCAGGGGCGCAGAAGAAUCGAGAGCUGCGAUGGUCAAGGACAGGAAGACGUUAGGGAGCCGUUACAUAGAACUGUUUCCUUCGUCAGUUGAAGAGUUAGAGGAUGCACUUUCAAGAGGAAGGUGAUCCACCACUUCUCAUGGUACUUUCAUACCCCUUUUUUUUUUAUAUGCUUGUCAGAAGAUCACAGUUUAGACGCAUUGAUGGUUACGGCUUUGAUGUACUACUAGUGCUGUAUUGAUGGAGUUCUAGAGCAUAUGCAUCAAUAGAGUAACAAAUCAAAUGGGUGCUAAAAUAGUCUUUUGCUAUUGUAGCUUAUGAGUUAUGGUCGUUCUGCUUAUCGUUAGAACUCUUGUUGUAUUUGAACAUUAGGCUUUUGCUGAAAAUUGUGGCAAUAGUGAUCUUGGUUGAUGCUGAUAUCUCCUGUAAGACAUGUGGUUCAAACGAGAGAGAACUCGUUUUGGAUUCUUUCUAGUGUUUUUAUGCAAAAAGACUGAGAAAAGUUAUGGUCGUGGUUGAUAUUUUUAGCUUGGUGAGAAAAGACAAACAGUUAUCAAGCAUUUCUCAGUAUAUAUUCGAUAUCUUGAUGACAGUGUUUCAGACAUUAUAUCGGUAGGGCCAAAACCAUUGGACAUACAUGUAUGAGUACAAUGGUAGUAUAGUUGUUAGGUCAUUGUUUACUGUUUACUUGUGAAACAUGUGGCAGAAAUAUCAAAAACAAAUGUACGGCUGAAUCAUAAUAAUUGUUAGCAUUUAAUUAUUCGA